GUUUGGAAGUGCAAAUAGCACUUAGUUUGAGGAUAACUCCACUCUCGAUACUAGCUCAAGAUACUGAGACUAAUCUCUUUUGGUAUCUCUCAUUUCGUUUAAGGGUACAACCGCAUGGAAGAUUUAUCUCAUCAACUUAGAUAAACUACUGGAAGAGGCCAUCAAAUUUUGCAUGAAGGAGUCAAUGAUUAGGAUGUACCACCUCUUGCAUGGAACGACUGGAACAUCUCCAGUUUUCCAUAUUGAGGCUGACCUCAUUGAUAAGAAAAUUAAUUUCGUACCUUCUCUGUACGAAAUCACGGAGCUCAUCGGCGGUCUGACCAGUCAUCUUCUAGAACCUCUGAAAAGAAAAUUUCCAAGAUUGAGAGAUUUAUUUUCCUUCCCUGGAAAUAACUCGAAAGAUCUCCACGAAACUUUGACUGAAGAUCAUAAUUUUCACAAACUCCAGGAGAAACUUAAUGACGAAGUAUUAUAUUGUACUCAACAUAUUCAACAGUACCUGAAAUCCUGGGAAUCUUUUGCUGACAUAUGGGAAGUGAACAGAGAUAUGUUCAUAACGAGAUAUGAAAAACUCAAUCCUACAGUAGCUUCAUUUGACGCUGACAUUGGACGAUACACUGAAGUUGCAAAUAAUGUGAAAAUGCAGGAAACAGUGACUACCGUACAUUUUCUCGAUAUAAAUUCCGAUCGUCUGAAAGCUGCUAUAAUAAAAGACUGUUCGCUAUGGCAGCAAAAACUGACAGGUCUUCUUCUACGGAUAACUCAGAUGACGCUCGAUGGAUUGUAUCAGUAUAUAGCGGAAAAUUCCGAUAAAGUGGAGAAAGAGCCGAGGAAUCUCACGGAGAUGCAAGUUAUGUUGUGCCUUCUCGAUAGACUGAAAACAGAAAUUCAUCUGAAGGAAGAAGAAUUCCCCAAGCUCCAGGAACAGUACCAGACACUAGUGAAGUACGAGAUUCCCAUGACACUGGAAUUCAAAAGAAAGUUGCAAGGUCUGAAGAUCUAUUGGGGACAAUAUCUCACAUUGCUUUCUACCUCCGAGGUGACAAUUGAAGAAAAUAAGGUACAAUGUCCUUUUUCAUAAGCCUUUAUGUCUAGAAUGAUGACAAUGUGCCUGUUCAAUGAUGCAUUUUUAAAUCUCCGGUGGCCUAUUCUCGAGGUGGGUGAAGAUACUUUCAUAUGUGAACGCCGAUGGUUUACAUACACUGAGAGAAAAAUUCAGUGAAACGA